UGUUUUUUUCAGAAAUAGAGAAUUUGAGAAAUGAUUUUAAGUUCUACAGACUGUUUCAAAAUAAGACAAAAUUCAGAGACAGCACAACCCAGGCAACACAUUCAUAGCUUCAGACAGUCUUAUCACCACCAGGUGGCUCCCGGCAGCCAACACACCUUUGUAUUCUCCUGCCUGCUGCAACUUUUAAGUGCUGGAUUACAGGGUCCUGAUGAGGAAGCCAUUGUAGAUCUUGGCAAAACUAGCUCAACCGUGAACACCAAGUUUGAAAAAGAAGAACUAGAAAGCCACCGAGCUGUAUAUGUUGGUGUUCAUGUACCAUUUAGUAAAGAGGGUCGUCGGCGUCACAAGCAUCGAGGGCACAAACAUCACCACCGGAGAAAGAAAGACAAAGACUCGGAUAAAGAAGAUGGACGGGAGUCUCCUUCUUAUGACACACCGUCGCAGAGGGUACAGUUCAUCCUUGGGACUGAAGAUGAUGAUGAGGAGCAUAUUCCCCAUGACCUCUUCACAGAGAUGGAUGAGCUCUGUUACAGAGAUGGAGAAGAGUAUGAGUGGAAGGAGACUGCCAGGUGGUUGAAAUUUGAAGAGGAUGUUGAAGACGGUGGUGACCGAUGGAGUAAACCCUAUGUGGCAACUCUCUCCUUGCACAGUCUCUUUGAAUUGAGGAGUUGCAUCCUAAAUGGAACAGUCAUGCUGGAUAUGAGAGCAAGUACUCUCGAUGAAAUAGCAGAUAUGGUGUUAGACAACAUGAUCGCUUCUGGCCAGUUAGACGACUCCAUAAGGGAGAAUGUGAGAGAAGCUCUCUUGAAGAGACAUCAUCAUCAAAAUGAGAAAAGAUUCACCAGUCGGAUUCCCUUGGUUCGAUCUUUUGCAGAUAUAGGCAAGAAACAUUCUGACCCUCACUUGCUUGAAAGGAAUGGCGAAGGCCUGUCAGCCUCCCGCCACUCUUUGCGAACAGGUCUGUCUGCCUCAAACCUUUCCUUGAGAGGAGAAUCGCCUUUAUCUCUUCUUCUCAGUCAUCUUCUCCCUUCUUCGAGAGCUGGAACCCCUGCAGGCUCGAGGUGUACUACCCCAGUGCCCACCCCCCAGAGCAGUCCUCCUUCCAGCCCUGGCUUAAGUCGCCUGGCCUCCAGCAGUUCCCAACAGAGUCAGCCUCAGGCCCCAGAACUCCUGGUGUCACCCAACAGGGACGAUAUUCCCAGAGUAGUAAUUCAUCCGCCUGAGGAAGACAUAGAAGCACUCAAAGGCCAAGAGCAGAAGAAUGAGGAGAAUGUUGACUUCACUCCAGGGAUUUUGGCUUCCCCACAGUCUGCUCCUGGAAACUUGGACAAUAGUAAAAGUGGUGAAAUGAAAGGUAACGGAAGUGGAGGAAGCAGAGAAAAUAGUACUGUUGACUUCAGCAAGGAGUCUGCCUCCUGGCACUGUAGUUGUGGCACACUGGGAGUGGGACUCAAGAGGCCCGCUGUUGACAUGAAUUUCAUGAGGAAAAUUCCCACAGGAGCUGAGGCAUCCAAUGUUUUGGUAGGAGAAGUGGACUUUUUGGAGAGACCUAUCAUUGCGUUUGUGAGAUUGGCUCCUGCAGUUCUCCUCUCCGGGUUGACUGAGGUCCCUGUGCCCACUAGGUUUUUGUUUCUGUUACUGGGCCCAGCAGGGAAGGCUCCACAAUACCAUGAAAUUGGCAGAUCCAUAGCCACUCUCAUGACUGAUGAGAUUUUUCAUGAUGUAGCUUAUAAAGCAAAAGAUCGAAAUGACCUCUUAUCUGGAAUUGAUGAAUUUUUAGAUCAAGUGACUGUCCUUCCUCCAGGAGAAUGGGAUCCUUCCAUACGCAUAGAGCCACCAAAAAGUGUUCCUUCUCAGGAAAAGAGGAAGAUUCCAGUGUUUCCCAAUGGAUCUGCUCCAAUGUCUGCUGAGCCUCCUAAGGAGGCAGCUCAUCAUGCUGGGCCUGAACUGCAGAGGACUGGACGGCUUUUUGGUGGUUUGAUACUUGACAUCAAAAGGAAAGCACCUUUUUUCUUGAGUGACUUCAAGGAUGCAUUAAGUCUGCAGUGCCUGGCCUCGAUUCUUUUCCUAUACUGUGCCUGUAUGUCUCCUGUAAUCACUUUUGGAGGGCUGCUUGGAGAAGCUACAGAAGGCAGAAUAAGUGCAAUAGAGUCUCUUUUUGGAGCAUCAUUAACUGGGAUUGCCUAUUCAUUGUUUGCGGGGCAACCUCUAACAAUACUGGGGAGCACAGGUCCAGUCCUAGUGUUUGAAAAAAUUUUAUUUAAAUUCUGUAGAGAUUAUCACCUUUCCUAUCUAUCAUUAAGAACCAGUAUUGGUCUGUGGACUUCUUUCUUGUGCAUUGUAUUGGUUGCAACUGAUGCAAGCAGCCUUGUGUGUUACAUUACUCGGUUCACAGAAGAAGCUUUUGCGGCUCUCAUUUGUAUCAUAUUCAUCUAUGAAGCCUUAGAGAAACUCUUUCAUUUAGGAAAAAUAUAUGCAUUUAAUAUGCACAACAACUUGGAUGAACUGACCAGUUACACAUGUGUAUGUGCAGAGCCAUCUAACCCUAGCAAUGAAACUAUAGAACUGUGGAAGAGAAAGAAUGUGACGGCAGACAGUAUUUUCUGGGGAAACCUCACUGUAUCCGAAUGUAAGUCCUUCCACGGUAUGUUUGUGGGAUCAGCCUGUGGUCCUCAUGGGCCCUACGUUCCCGAUGUGCUCUUCUGGUGUGUCGUCCUGUUUUUCACGACGUUCUUUCUGUCUUCAUUCCUCAAGCAGUUUAAAACCAAGCGUUAUUUUCCUACCAAGGUACGAUCAACAAUCAGUGACUUUGCUGUAUUUCUCACAAUAGUAAUAAUGGUUGCAAUUGACUACUUUGUAGGAAUUCCGUCUCCUAAACUUCAUGUUCCUGAAAAGUUUGAGCCUACUGAUCCAAGUAGGGGCUGGAUCAUAAGCCCUUUGGGAGAUAACCCUUGGUGGACAUUGCUAAUUGCAGCUGUUCCAGCUCUCCUUUGUACCAUUCUCAUCUUUAUGGAUCAACAGAUUACAGCUGUAAUCAUCAACAGAAAAGAACACAAACUCAAGAAAGGAGCUGGCUAUCACCUUGACUUGCUCAUGGUUGGUGUCAUGUUGGGAGUCUGCUCUAUCAUGGGCCUGCCUUGGUUUGUGGCUGCGACAGUAUUGUCUAUAAGUCAUGUUAACAGCUUAAAAGUAGAGUCUGAAUGUUCUGCUCCAGGGGAACAGCCCAAGUUUCUGGGGAUUCGAGAACAACGAGUUACAGGGCUGAUGAUUUUUAUCCUGAUGGGCCUCUCUGUGUUCAUGACUUCAGUACUAAAGUUUAUUCCAAUGCCAGUUCUGUAUGGUGUUUUCCUUUAUAUGGGAGUUUCAUCACUGAAAGGAAUUCAGUUUUUUGACCGUAUCAAGCUAUUUGGAAUGCCUGCCAAGCACCAGCCGGACCUGAUCUAUCUCCGCUAUGUACCCCUGUGGAAGGUGCACGUGUUCACUGUUGUCCAGCUGACCUGCCUCGUCCUGCUGUGGGUAAUCAAAGCUUCUGCUGCUGCAGUAGUUUUUCCCAUGAUGGUUCUUGCCCUAGUCUUUGUGCGUAAGCUCAUGGAUCUGUGUUUCACAAAGAGAGAACUCAGUUGGCUUGAUGAUCUCAUGCCAGAAAGUAAGAAAAAGAAAGAAGAUGACAAAAAGAAAAAAGAGAAAGAGGAAGCUGAGCGGAUGCUUCAGGAUGAUGGGGAUACUGUGCACCUUCCAUUUGAAAGAGGAAGUCUCCUACAAAUUCCAGUUAAAAGCGUAAAAUAUAGUAUUGACCCUUCAGUUGUUAAUAUAUCAGAUGAAAUGGCCAAAACUGCCCAGUGGAAGGCACUUUCCAUGAAUACUGAGAAUGCCAAAGUAACCAGACCUAACACGAGCCCUGAAAAGCCUGUGAGUGUGACAAUAAAUUUCGAAGAUGAACCAUCAAAAAAAUACAUGGAUGCUGAGACUUCAUUGUAAAGUCAAACCAAAAGGAAUAUAUAGAGAUAUACGCCUGUCUGUAUACACACACACACACACACACACAUAAAAUGCACAUGUGCCGUGCCAUUGUGUAUAAUAGUACUGAAUGUCACGCUGUUUAUGUGUGACUAUGGGGCUCUUUCAAGUAGCAUCUGACUGUUGUGAGCACCAUGGAGACUGUUUUAAUGAAAUGGUCUCUUAGAAACGAGGUACAUGGUUUUUACUCUUCAGAUAUUUAUUUUCUUGGGGGUAAAGCCUUUCUGUUAUGUAAUAGAAAGAUGUGGAAAACUGUAUUCAAUCUGCUUUUCUGAAAUCUCUUUGUUAGUGGCAAUCAUAUCAACCUUAAGAGUUACAUACUUAGUCUAUAUAUUUAUAAUUUUGAAAGAUUAUUGUUUCCCUUUUGGUAGUGUUUUAUAGGUAAAAUAAGGAGUCUGCCCAUGUUGUGGGAAAAUGACAUGUCCUGGUUUCUCUUUGGGCUUCCUUCAUGUAGCUCUCCAUCAUACUUCACAGGUGAUGAAUACAGAUGUGAUUAUAGAUUACUGGAGAUUUUCUAGGUAGGAACUUUAUGUCUUAGGAGUGAUUUUUAAAUUUUAAAAAUUAUCUGGGCUUCCAUUCUGAUGGACAAGUAAAAAACAAAUUAUAUGUGACUUCUAAUUUAACACCCACACCAUUCGUAAUGUUUUGAGUUUUAGAAACUAUAAAGUGCCCAUUUGCAAUAGUUAACUUUUGUUACCUUGGUAGCAAGACUUUUCCAAUGCUUAUUCUUUUCUAGAAACCCAGAGUCCCACUGUUCUUGGUCUUUGCUCUCUUUUACUUAAAGUGAUCUCGUGUGCUCCAGGUUCAGAUAUCUCCCUGUUGUAAGCAGUAAUAAAAAGGGUCAGCACACUUUUAAAUGGGCUUGUGAUCAGUGUUCCUUUAUAAGAAUUACCUUUCAUUUUCUUUGUUACUCUAUUGUAUGCAAUGUAUUUUAAUAGGUUUUAUACACAAUUUCCUUUUAAAAUAUUUUAUUUAUUCUGAUACUUAAAUAUUAUAUAAUAUUUGAGACAAUAACAAAUAUAGAGUAAAUUGUUCCUGUUGUAGAUAUUUGGUGCUCACUUGCAUUCUGAAAUCAGUGACAAACAUAUCUUUGAUAUAAAGCACUGCCAUAUUUACAUUUUAAAAGGAAGUUGGAUAUUUUCUGUGCAGCUCAGGUUGAUGACAUUGUUCCUUGUCUGUGAUAGCAUUGGGGUUCCAGUAUUUCUGAGCUGUCUUUUAAAUGUGUAGCAAAUUGUCAUCUUUUAUAUACUCUUAGCUCCCCACAGAGUAAAUAAAUGUUGUUUCAGCCUGUGGGACAAAAGUGAUAUAACAAGAGGAUGGAUAAUACACAGAAAUAGUGAGAAGCCCCAGGAAUGCUGAAGGUGAAGGGGACACAUGAAAGAGCAAACGUGUUAAGGAAAUUCUAAUGUCCCUUAGUCAUUACAAACUAAAGUACAGAAGUAUGAAGAAAUUGAUCAAAUGAAUAGAAUUGCCCAAAGCAAAUAUUCCUGGCAAGUUUGACGUAGUUUUAGUUCAUUCUAAAUUAUGUACCAAUUAGUGUAAUUCACUCAUCUGAGAUCGCAUAGUUCAAUUCUAGUUAAAAUAGUAGUUGGUACCAUCUGGUACUAUCUGGAGUUCUGUUGGACUCCUUUAACCUAUGAUGGGGAGUGUUGCCAUGGUGCUUAUGGUCAUUGGUAACCUCCACUGAAGUGAUUUCUCAUCACUCAGCAGUGUAAUGAUUUCCAAAGUUCCCAUUUGCUGCUAAUUAUAACCCCCCUGAUGUGCCCAAACAAGAGAAUUUCCUCAUAUCGUUUCCUUGUGUCUGGACAUCAAAGGGUUAACAUAUUUUACAGGAAGUGAUUUUAAAAUUUAAACUAAAAACUACCUGGUAUCAUAAUUUUCCUGUGAUUUAUUUAAUUAUAUAUAUAUGUAUGUAUGUAUUAUCCAGUGCCAGGAAAAAAAAAACAAAACAAAACAUGACAUACAAAAUACUUUGCAUCUAAGAUGUUUCACUGUGGUUUUGGUUACUAAUGACUUCUUUCUUUUGACUACUUGACUUACUGAUCUGAUGCGACUACUCCUCUGAAGAGCAGAGGGAAUUAACUGCUUCCUUCAGAUGGUUAUGUUUCUUGUGCUAUUUUUUGAAAAUAACAAUCAUGAAUAACACUCAUUGCAAGACAGCAAGAGAGAUAAUUUACUAUAUAUAUAUUGAUUUUUAAAUGCUGCCUUAAAUAGGUGUAUAUGAGCAGUAGUAAUUGCUAUGUACUGAUUUACCUCAAGGUGCAAAAUAAUUAAACUUGUACAUACCCAUUUACAAAAUAAAUUCAGAGAAAAGCCCUGCACUUUCUUAGAUGCCUUGAUUUUCAGAGUAGAGCUUAGUGCUACUGAACACCAUGGCCAUGGAGCCACCUCAGGAUACUCUUCCCUCCACCAUAUUUUAUUUAUUUGUAGAGUGUGUUUACAGAGACUAUAAUAAAUCCUGGUGUUAACUAUCUGAAAUUUACUUCCUUUGUAUUACUGUUUCAAUCUAAAGUAGGAGCUUUUGAGAAAACAGUAAACUAGCUUCCUGAUGCUAAAGGGGUGAUUCUAUAUAUAUUUUUAAUAAUAUUAGAUAUGCAAAAGUGAAGUACAAGGUUUUUAAAACAUUGUGUGAGUGUUUGUGUAUGUGUAUGAAAUCACUCUUAACUCUCUUAACUUUUUUUAAACUUGUGGCGUACCAAUGUUCAGAUUUGCCAAGCUUUCUAUAAGACACGUAGGAUGAAAUGUUUUUGUGUGCUAAUGCAUGUAUUUAUUACAAUUUGUUUACUGCUGAGAAUCACUAACUCUUGUUUCUCCAUUCCCCGAAGUGUUUGUUUCUUCCACACACUGAAAGAUGUGGCUUGAGUGUAAGCUUUCUGGUUUCCUUUUCACAAAGGCAGGUUCAAAAUUCUUCAGAAAGAAUGGUCUCUGACAGUGAGGUGUCACAUCAGAGCUUCCUGUUUAGGUUUUAUGAGUGUGCACCGCUCAGCAGCUCAGAAGCUGCAUCCUGACAAAGUGCUCAGAGUGGGAUACCUGAGCCAUCAAUACAGCAUUUUAAUUCAAAUGCGUUUAUAUUAAGUAAUUUACAUGUCUGAAAUGUAUUCAUGUAGGUUUCAUCAUUGUUAUCAUUUGUAGCGCCGAUAUGUGAAACUGUCUUCAUUUAGUCCAACAAUUAUUUAUUUUUAGAAAGUAGAUUUAAAGAGAAACUGCAUUCAAGUUUUCAAAUAGUGUUCCAAUUACAAGAUUUAUUCAUUUUAAUUGCAAGGUCCCUUUUAACUUUCUGGAAAGUAAAUUGUCAAAUAAAAUCAUGUAAAGAUUAUUUUAAAGUUUUAAUGCGUACUUAGAAUUUAAGCCCCAGUUCUAUGGUUUUUAAUCAUAUUUUUUGCACAUUGAUUGUUUCUGUGUAGCUUUUCUUUUGUUCCUUUGUUCAAAAUUUUUGACUUUUUAGGGGUAAGGUGUCUUCCAGUGUUUACUAUGUUAGGAUUAAAUUAAAAUUCAAAUUUGUUGUCCAUUUAUAUAAUAUUUGAUAUUGGUGUGAUUUCCCAAUCUAGUUACAAUUUUUAUGGUGUUUAUUAUAAUUGCAAUGGUAUUUUCUUUUGUAAUAAAAUCCAAAGUCAAUUAAACAAAUUGUAGACCUGAUAUUUUUCAUCUAUAUGAAGUAAAAGUCUCUACUUGAGUCUAUAAUGUGAACCAUCCUGCCUUUCACAUUUGUUUCCUAAUUGUUAGAGAAAACUAUUUUUUUGUAGAUGUUAUUGAAAAUUGAAAGAGCAAUAAAAGUCUACAUAGCAAA